UUAUGGGUAGUGUAGUGCUCUCGUCGACUGCCAUUCUUUAAGUAUACGGUGACGUCACUAUAUGGAGUGUACGUUUCUCGGUGCGAUUGGUCGGUCCCGCCUCUUUCGUUCUGUCGCGUUUCCGUGUUUGUAUCGCUGAGUUCUACUAUUCUAGGAUCAGUUUCUGUAGUCAUUUUGAAUGCGUCGACGUUAAACAGAGGGAUAACAACUGACUCUUAUUCAGUUAAACCAGCAUCCGGGAUUCGGUGAUCGUCAGCUGAUCGCUGCCAGGAUUCAUGACUGCAUUCUGAUUUGUACUGCGUGACAGAUUGAGUACAUUCAUAGUGGUUUAAUAUUAAAACAAAAAAAUGGUCACUAAUCCUCCUAAAUUAAAAGUUGCGCUCGUUGAUGAUGAAAGGCUGCAAAAUUUGAAAAAUGCAUUUGAAAGACAGUAUGGAGGAGCUCCUCUCUUCUAUGCAUGUGCACCCGGAAGAGUCAAUCUCAUAGGUGAGCACAUUGAUUACUGUGGCUUCUCUGUGCUCCCAAUGGCUAUCGAACAAAAUAUCCUUGCCGCCGUCUCAGUGAACAAUUCAGGGACAAUCCAGCUGGCCAAUGUAAAUCCUCUCUACAACCAUAUCACUGUGUCCUGUUCAGAGGAAAUAGUUAUCGACAGAGCUAACCCGAAGUGGUAUUAUUAUUUCCUAUGUGGAGUUAAAGGCCUUCAGGAGAAGUUUGGGAUCACACGUUUACCGGGAAUGUCGUGUGUCGUUGAUGGAAACAUUCCGCCAAGCUCCGGCCUGUCCAGUUCUAGUGCUCUGGUUUGUUGUGCUGGGCUUGUAACAAUGGAGGGAAAUCAGCAGUCCCUCUCCAAAGUAGAUCUUGCAGAGAUAUGUGCCAAAUGUGAGUGCUACAUCGGCACAGAGGGAGGAGGCAUGGACCAGUCCAUCUCAUUCCUGGCAGAGAAAGGAACUGCAAAACUGAUAGAGUUUGAACCUUUGAGGGCCACUGAUGUCCGACUACCUGAUGGUGCUAUGUUUGUGAUAUCCAACUGCUGUGUGGAGAUGAAUAAAGCGGCUUGUUCUCAUUUCAACAGCCGUGUGGUGGAGUGUCGGAUUGCUACAAAGAUGCUCGCCAAAGCCAAAGGGUUGAACCAAAAUGGGUUCUUAAAGCUGGCCGAGGUGCCCAGAGAGAUGAAUGCGUCUCUAGAGGAGAUGCUGGCUCUGGUGGAUGAGGUUCUACAUCCUGAGCCAUACAGUCGAGAGGAGAUCUGCAAGGCUCUGGGCAUCACCUCCCAGCAAUUCUCCACAGAGCUGCUCAGUGCAAAUACUCAACACGUAACAAAUUUCAAGCUACACCAGCGAGCCAAGCACGUAUACGGCGAAGCUGCACGUGUGCUGCGCUUUAAGAGCGUGUGUGAUUGUGCACCAACCGAGUCCAUCCAGUUACUGGGUGACCUGAUGAACCAGAGCCAUGCGAGCUGCAGAGAUCUGUAUGAGUGCAGCUGCCCUGAACUGGACCAACUGGUGGACAUUUGUCUGAAAGCGGGUGCUGUGGGUUCACGGCUGACAGGAGCAGGCUGGGGCGGCUGUGCUGUGUCCAUGGUUCCCUGUGACAAAGUCCCGUCUUUCUUGCAAGCAGUGAGGGAAGCAUACUACCUCCCUGAUCCACGUAGAGCAGCAAUGGAAAAACAAAGUUUGUUUGUAUCGAAGCCCGGAGGAGGAGCAGCAAUUUAUCUAGAGAAAUGAAAUGUCUUGUUACACAUAGCUAUAAUGCUACCUACAAUAUUUUCACUUGGACCAAAAAAAAAAAAAAAAAAAAAAGCAUGAAAACAGUAAUACUAAGGUAGCAAAAAUUCAAAGCAAAAUCUGAAUUUAUUCAGGGAAAUAAAGGGAAACUUUUAAUCAUGUUUUGAAGUAAAUAAUUUGUGCAUGAAGCAUCACUAUUACGUACAAGAACAAAUACAUUGAAGUUGGUGACAUGCAGGGCCACACUCCUGUGAAAAUUAUGUAAGAUAUUUGAAUAGUAUUUGAGACACAGGGCAUAUAAAGUAACUUUUUGAGAUAAUUUUCAUUUUUCUUCAAAAUGCUUGGUUAUGGUUAUUUGCGUGACAAAUUCCUCAUCCACCCAGUUAUUCCAAAUAAUGCAAGGAGUUGUUCUCCAGAUCUUUGCCCUCUUUGACUUGUUUGUUUUGGACAAGAAGGGAUGGCUCUGAAUUCAAGAUGUAUUUGGGUUUGUUUUUUUUAUUUCUGUUCUUUGGGUUUUUAUUUUUAUUUUAUUUUUUUUAUUAUUACUGGCCUCGACCUCUGACCACCUUAAUAUUGGGUUGGAGAACCAGGAGCCAUGUGGAUUGGGCUCUGACAUGCUCCCCCUGAAAAUCUGUGAUGAGGCACACAGCACAUAAUGUUAGAUAGAAUAUCACAGUGUAUUAUUCCCAAGACAUAAUGAAAUGCUGAAAUCAAUCACUGAAUGACAAGACAGGUUCUAAAUCAAGACAGGUUCUAUAUCAAUAGCCUCCUAUGUUAAUCAGUGGCUUCAUGUAUUGCAAUCCUGGGCAAAGUCUGCUUUAUAUUCUUUUUUUUUUUUUUUAGUAGAAAAAAAAAAAAAAACAAGUAGCGCUAUUAUAGAGAAACAUGUUCUCAAAGCACAUUAUUGGAAAUUGAUAUUUAAAAAGGUAUAAUUUACAUGAUAUCCACUGGGAGAUGGUGUUACCAAACUCGAGCGUGUCCAUUGUUACAAAUUCCUCUCUUCCUUCAAUGUUCUAAGGUUCCGUCUGCUGACAGUUUUCGUAACUGCCCCACGUGCAGAUUUUGAUUUAGAUGAAAUUCUAACAUCUGUGUGGUGCAUUUCCAAAGGAGACAAAGAGCAGCAAGAAGAACGUCCAUCAGUGAAGAAUACUGGUAAUACUUU